GACGAAAAUAAAAAUGUAACAGGACUAUCCUGCGCCGGGCCCCACCGCAGCACACCGUUUCCGAGUGGCACACGCCCCCCGCGUCCUCCCCCUCCCCUCCGAAUAAAUCCCAGCCAUUACGGCGCCAUUGCCCAGCCCAACCACUCUCCUCGCCCCAGCGGAGCAGCGCAGAGCGGCAAACGGGAAAGCCAAGAAAAUCCAAGCUGCACAGCGCGGUACAACGCUGGUAUACAAAGCCGACCACGCCAAAAUCUAAGCCCAACCAACCGGCCAACCAACCGCGCCGCUCCUGUCUUCCUUCCGGUGCGCAGUGCCGGGCACCUCGCGAUCUGCCUGCCUGCUCCUCCUCGGCGCGCGGCUGCGAUCGGCCGGCCCCGCGUGAUGAGCGCGGGGAGAUGAGGUGCAAGCUCCACCCCUACGCCAACGCCGUGGGCGUCUGCGCGCCCUGCCUCCGGGACCGCCUCCUCGCGCUCGCCGCCGAGCGCGCGCAGGCCGCCGAGGCCAGCGGCGGCUGCGGGAGCAGCAGCUGCGGCAGCUCGCCCCCGCCCCCGCACCCGCCCGCGCGGCGGCGGCGCCACGCCGCGGAAGCGGGGUUCCCGCGCUCCGUCUCGCCGGACGCCGCGCGCCGGCGCUCCGACGUCUGCGCGUACGCGACCUCCUCCUCGUCCUUGUCGCAGCAGCAGCAGCCCAGCCUGCUGUUCUUCCGAACGCCGCAGGUCGGCCCCGCCGCGGCCGCCUUCCGCGCCGACGAGCCCGCGGAGGAGGGCGGCGGCAGGAAGAAGGCCGCGCCGAGGCGGUCCUUCCUGUCGGCGAUCUUCGGCGGCGGCAGACGGCACCACGGCCGGGAAGAGCCGGCCAAGAAGGAGCCUCCCCGGCGGUCCACCUCGUGGCUCUCCGCGAUCAUCCGCCGCAAGCGGAGGCCGGUCGACCUCUCCGCCGCGGCGUCCUUCCCCGCGCCGCCGGCGCAGGCGGACGAGGAGCCCGAGUCCCCCGGCGGCAGCAGCAGCAGCAGCUGGUGGUUCCCGUCGCCGUCGCCCGCCAGGCAGCCGCACCGUCGCCGGCACGGCGCCAGCGGGGACGGGAUCUCGGGGUUCGCGGUGUUCCUGAGCCCGCUGGUCCGGCCCAGCUCCGCCGGCGGCCGGCGCCGGUGCCAGCCGCCGGACCCGUCCGCCCUGGGGGACAGCCACCGGCGCCACGCGUCCGCCGGGGCCGCCGCGUCGUUCGGCCGCAACGCCUCCCGGAAGCUCACCGACAUGGGCAGGUUCCGAUGACGCCCCGCGCGGGGCUCCCUCCUCGCCGGCCGGUCGAAUUCCUUUUUUCUUUUCCUUUGUGCUUUCUUUGAUCCUCUCUUCUCCUACCUCGACAUUUUGUUAAUCUCGAAGAUGGUAUGAUGAUGUAUGCUAGCGCUGCCUGCUAGGCGGCAUGAGAGCGAAACCGAAUUGGAAAAAGAAAAGAAGAAAAUCUCAUUCAAAUGGUAACUUGGGAGGAUUUGGUUUGGAUUGUAGCUAA